CAGGAGCCGCGGCGGAGCGCACGAGCCUCGGCUUCUGCUACGAGCAAAGAACGAAGCAAAAAAACACGAACAACGAAGCCGAGCCGUGGAAAUAUCGCUUUAAACUUGUGGAUUUUAAAACCAUGGGGAGGAUAUCUGCCGUACGGAUCACGUAAACCCCGCUGCUGCUCGUGCGUCGGUGAAGGAUGUACGGCUCCACUCCAAGGAUUUUUUCCAAUCGGACUAAACCUGAAUAGGAUUCUACCUUCUCCUUCUCCGAUCUCGCCUUUUCAAACCUCUGGAAUUCCACUUUUUUUUCCCCUUUGAACGGAUCUAAAAAAACCUUCCAUCCUGAUUUCGUUGGAUUAAACGCCGCGUCUCUCCCUCCCCUCCCCCUCAAACCUCCCCCCUCGUUCACCGCCUCCAACAUGGCCUCCCAAACUCCCGGCGCUUUCCGGAAACCCCUGCUCCAGAUCGUCGCCCUGCUCGUCGUUUUCUCGCCGUUUUCCCUCUCGCAGACCGCUCCUUUCCGACGCUUCGCCCCGUCCGACCACGGCCUGACGCAUUUGGCGAUUCACAACAAAACGGGCGAGGUCUACGUGGGCGCGGUCAACUGGAUUUACAAACUCUCCGGCAACUUGACGAAGCUGCGGAGUCACAUGACGGGGCCGGUGGUGGACAGCGAGAAGUGCUACCCGCCGCCGAGCGUCCAGCCCUGUCCGCACGAACAAGCGUCCACGCCCAACGUCAACAAGCUCCUGCUCAUCGACUACUCGCGGAACCGGCUCAUCGCGUGCGGGAGUACGUCUCAAGGAAUCUGCCAGUUCCUGCGGCUCGACGAUCUGUUCAAACUGGGAGAGCCGCACCACCGCAAGGAGCACUACCUCUCCAGCGUCUCCGAGUCCGGAACCAUGUCCGGCGUCAUCAUCCCGUACGCCAACAGCCCGACCAGCAAACUCUUCAUCGGGACGCCCAUCGACGGGAAGUCCGAGUAUUUCCCGACGCUCUCCAGCCGCAAGCUGAUGGAGAGCGAGGAGGACGCGGACAUGUUCAGCUUCGUUUACCAGGACGAGUUCGUGUCGUCGCAGCUCAAAAUCCCGUCGGACACGUUGUCGAAAUUCCCGGCGUUCGAUAUUUAUUACGUUUACAGUUUCAGCAGCGAGCAGUUCGUGUAUUACCUCACGCUGCAGCUCGACACGCAGCUCACCUCCCCGGACGCCAGCGGGGAGCAGUUUUUCACGUCCAAAAUCGUGCGUUUGUGCGUCGACGAUCCGAAGUUCUACUCGUACGUGGAGUUUCCCAUCGGGUGUACCAAAGACGGCGUGGAGUACCGACUGGUGCAGGACGCCUACCUCGCCAAGCCGGGGAAGCAGCUGGCCGGCUCGCUCGGGAUCUCGGAGGACGAAGACAUUCUGUUCACCGUUUUUUCUCAGGGUCAGAAAAACCGCGCCAAACCUCCCAAAGAGUCGGCGCUGUGUCUGUUUACGCUUCGGAAAAUCAAGGAGAAGAUUAAAGAGCGGAUCCAGUCGUGCUACAAGGGAGAGGGGAGGCUGUCUCUGCCCUGGCUGCUCAACAAAGAACUCGCCUGCAUCAACUCGCCUCUUCAGAUCGACGAUAACUUCUGUGGGCAGGACUUCAACCAGCCUCUGGGCGGCACCAGCACCAUCGAGGGCGUCCCCCUGCUGGUGGAGCGAGACGACGGACUCGCCGCCGUCGCCGCCUACGACUACAGCGGGCACACGGUGGCGUUCGUGGGCACCAGGAGCGGGAAACUCUACAAGCUCCUGGUGAACUCGGUGAGCUCGUCUCGUGCGGCUCUGAUCUACGAGAAAGUGACAGUGAGCGACGCAGGAAGUGCUCUGCUCCGAGACAUGAGGUUCAGCCCCGACAGGCGGCACCUGUACACCCUGACAGACCGACAGGUGGUGCGCCUGCCGGUGGAGAGUUGUGAACAGUACACUUCCUGUUCUGAGUGUUUAGGCUCCAGAGACCCUCACUGCGGCUGGUGUGUGCUGCACAACACCUGCUCUCGUCGAGAUCGAUGUGAACGAGCCUCAGAACCUCAGAGAUUCACCUCAGACCAGAGACAGUGUGUGGAGCUGAGCGUCCAACCCAACAACGUGUCUGUCACCAUGUCCCAGGUCCAGCUCAACGUGGAAUAA